AUGUUUCAAAACUUCACAAAUCUGGAGGUACUAUCUCUCUUUCUUGUCAACAUCUCAUCUCCGAUACCUGUGAAUAUUUCUUCCUCCUUAAGGUACCUGGAUCUUGGUUAUACUAAUUUGCGAGGUGUUCUCACAGAGAGCUUUUUCCUUCUGCCAAACAGCUUGGAAAUGCUCUAUUUGAGAUUCAAUGAUCUUCUCAAAGGAGUUUUUCCAAAGAUCCACCGGAGCAACACUCUGUUAAUGGAGUUGGAUAUUUCAUACACAGGCAUCUCUGGUGAGCUGCCUGAUUCAAUUGGCGCCUUCAGUUCCUUGAAUAUCUUGAACCUCCAUGAUUGUCAAUUCUCUGGUUCCAUUCCCGAUUCCAUAGGCAACCUAACCAGAAUUACGGAGUUGGCUUUGUCUUAUAAUCAUUUCACCGGCCAUAUUCCUUCCACAAUCUCUAAAUGGAAGCACCUCACACGUUUGGAUCUUUCUGACAACUCCUUUUCAGGUGAAAUUCCUGAUGUUUUCUCUAACCUCAAAGAGCUACGUUAUUUACAUCUUUCUAGUAACAGCUUCAUCGGUUUGUUUCCCUCUUCAAUUUCAAACUUGACACAUCUUCAACGGUUAGACUUGUCGAGUAAUUCCUUAUCUGGCUCACUUCCUAAUAAUGCGAGCAAUCUUCAAACGCUAACCCAACUGGAUUUGUCUGACAACUCGCUGAAUGGUACCAUACCAUCUUGGGUGUUUAACCUCCCUUUGGUACAUUCAUUGUCGCUCCAUUAUAAUCAACUCAGCGGUUCUUUUCCUCAAUCACUUGUGAAUCUCACAAACCUUAAAACCCUUGACCUUUCAUCAAAUAACAUCACCAUUGAUGAGGGAAUGAAUAUCACCUUUCUUAGCCUAUCAACUUUAUUCUUAUCAUCUUGUGAGCUGAAGCAUUUUCCAUACUUCUUGAGAAAUGUAAAGACACUUGCGUACUUGGAUAUUUCUAACAAUAAGAUUUGUGGUCAAAUCCCUAACUGGUUUAGCGGCAUGAGGUGGGACUCGUUGCAGUUCCUAAACCUUUCUCAUAAUUCAUUAACAGGCCACCUACCACAAUUUCGUUACGAUAACCUACUGUAUCUUUGCUCGGGGCGUGACAAUCUUGAUCUGAAAUUUAAUUCCUUUCAGGGUCCACUACCUUCAUCCAUUUGCAACAUGAAUUCGCUUAUCUUAUUAGAUUUAUCACACAACUACUUCAGUGACUCAGUUCUACAUUGCUUGGGAAGCAUGGUUAGUCUAACGGUGCUAGACUUAAGAAGGAACAAUUUCACAGGGAGUCUUCCCCCAUUAUGUGCACACAACACUUCAUUGAGUACCAUUGUCGUAAAUGGUAAUCGAUUUGAAGGACAUCUUCCUGUGUCGUUGCUCAAUUGUAAUGGUCUACAAGCCCUUGAUGUGGGGAACAAUGCUAUAAAUGACACGUUUCCAGCUUGGCUCGAAACUCUUCAAGAGCUGCAGGUCCUUAUAUUAAAGUCGAACAAGUUUCAUGGACCUAUAAGUACGUGUCAAACUAAGUUUUGCUUUCCCAAGUUGCGAAUUUUUGAUCUUUCUCGUAAUGAUUUCAGUGGCUCACUUCCUGCAAAAGUUUUUCGAAACUUCAAGGCAAUGAUUAAAUUAGAUGACGAAGACACAAGAGGGAUCACGUACAUGGAAUCUAAGUCGAAUAAUUUUUCAUUACAGGCAUCGUAUGAGGAUUCAGCGAGUUUGGUAAUCAAAGGGCAGGAUAUUGAGCUACAAAGAAUCAGCACAAUAAUGACAACCAUAGAUCUCUCAAGCAACCAUUUUGAAGGUGUCAUUCCGGAAACACUAAAGGACCUCAGCUCACUUUGGCUACUCAAUUUAUCCCAUAACAAUCUCAUAGGUUAUAUUCCAAUGGAAUUGGGACAAUUGAAUAAGCUUGAAGCUUUAGAUCUCUCUUGGAAUCGGCUCACUGGAAAGAUUCCGCAGGAAUUGACAAGAAUAAACUUUCUGGCAGUCUUAAACAUCUCUCAAAAUCAUCUCGUCGGACCAAUUCCUCAAGGUCCACAAUUCAACACAUUUGGAAAUGACUCGUAUGGCGGCAACCUUGAUUUAUGUGGUCCUCCUUUAUCAAAACAAUGUGGAACGAGUGAUUCAUCACAUGUUCCUCAACCAGAAGAUGAAGGCGAGUCAUAUUUUUUUAGUGGAUUUACGUGGGAAUCAGUAGUCAUAGGCUAUAGUUUUGGACUAGUUGUUGGAACUGUCAUGUGGAGUCUCAUGUUUAAAUAUCGUAAGCCAAAAUGGUUUGUGGAAUUUUUUGAUGGACUCAUGCCUCACAAAAGAAGAAGGCCAAAGAAGAGAGCUCAGAGACGACGGUCUUAAUGGAAGAUUGAGAGGGCAACAUUGUCUUUGUUUGAUUUUGUGGACUAAUUAGUGAACUUUUCUGGUUCUGUUUUUGUCUUUUCAAUUUUCUGUUUGUUGUUUGUAUAUGUUUGAUAGAAACAUAAUUAUAUGUGUGUUAUUCAAGUUA